UUCAUGCACUUUGGGAUGCUAUGUCUGCUGGCGGGAAUGAUGGGCCUUCUGAUCCUGGCGCUCUGCUAUCUCCACCUGGAAGAGACUUUACCACAUCAGGGCAAACUAGUCGACACAUCGGUCACAGGUCUCCUCAGCAGUAGCUUCAAGGAGCUGACCUCACCCUUUGAGCUGCUGCGUGGGUCGAAGUUUUUGCAGAUUCGAUUAAUCCAAAUGCUGCUAUUGCAACUGGGCAAUGGCUGGGAGUCCAUCCUGGACUCCUUCAUGAUCUCCAGCUUAGGCUGGGGACCUGGAGACUGGGACCUCGUGAAUGUGCCGAUCAGCAGCUUCCGAGAGUUCUGGGGCAUGGUGACAAGUGGUCUGAUGGUCCACUGGGCAAAGGACCCCGCCAACAGCUUUUGGUAUGUACAAGCAAACCUUGGCUUUGGCUCGGCCAUGCUGUUGAUCCAGAACUUUGCUCCAUUCGGCGCGAUUUUUUUGCUGCUUCCAAGGUGUCUUUUAGCCUUUUGUCCUGGAGAUGGUGGAGCCGAUGCAGCCUUCUUCAGCUCCCAGUUUCCUGCCCAGGCGCAAGCUUCUGCAAAUGGCUUGCUCACAGCGGUGGACAACAUCGUUUCUGGUGUCGCACGUUGGCUCUUUGCGCGCUUUCUGUUUGAUCCAUCUACAAGAGGGUGGCCGGCCACGCUACCACUUCUGGUGAGGACGGUGUGUACCUUGCUUUCAAAUGCGCUCUGCUUGUAUGCAUGGUGGAAGUAUGGCCGGCCCGAGCAGAGGAGGAAGGAGUCAUGA